AAAUUCCUAGGUGUUGUCACUGGCCGCUUCCCUUCCUACUCUGUUGUUGGUUCGCGAUGUGGAGCAACAUGAGUUAGAUGUUCGGAUACCUUUUCACAAUGCACCGCGGAAAACUUCGGGUUAUAUAUCUUUAGAUAAUUUAAAUACAUCCGUGCCGUAGGACAUACACCAAGGCGCUCUACAAAUUAUACAAACUAGUCAAUCCCACAUUUCAAGCGAAGCGUAGCAUAUGUGCUACUAGCUACCGUUAGCAAUGGAAGAGAGGAAGGAGGAGGCAGAAUCGGAGAUUCAAGAACAUGGCCCUGAACAUUGGUUUACCAAAUGGGAACGGCAGUGUUUGGGCGAAGCCGAACAAGGCGACCCGAACGAUGAAGAUACCGAGCCAAGCCAACAGAAACUGUGGCACCUUUUUCAAAACUCCGCCACUGCCAUCGCCCAGCUCUAUAAAGACCGAGUAUGUCAACAACAAGGUCUUUCUCUUUGGGUGCCCUUCCAGAACGCAGCCACGGCUGUCACUAACCUCUACAAAGAGAGUGCGGAUGCUCACCAGAGGAGCCACGAUCUCGGUAUUCAAAUAGGUUACCAGCGCAGGAACAAGGAAGUGCUCGCCUGGGUUAAGAAGCGCAGAAGAACCAUUCGCCGAGAGGACCUCAUCAGUUUUUUGUGUGGCAAGGCACCGCCCCCAAGAACCACCCGAGCCCCGCCCAGAGUUACCAUGGUCCCAACGAGCCGGCCCUCCACCCCAGAGACUGGCAGCUCGGUGGAGACGGACCUUCAGCCCUUCAGAGAAGCCAUAGCACUACACGGCCUUAGCGGCGCAAUGGCCGGCAUUUCCGUGCGUUCCGGCACACCCAGUUCUCCCACACAUCCGGCCCAGUCUCUCGGCCGCCGUAGGAAUGGUCUACACGACGUGGACCUCAACACCUUCAUCGCGGAGGAGAUGGCGCUCCAUUUGGAUGCAACCGCCAAUCGCAAGCGAGGAGCCGCCCCUUGCAGCGACGUCAUCACAGACUCGCCCACUCACAAACGCAACAGGAUGCUCUAAUCUCCUGUUCUCAGGCUCAGACUGUGUUCUGUCCUCCCACCGACACCCCUCCAUCCCCCCCCCAUGUGGCCGACUGAAUGACUCUCAAGGACUGGCGGUUCGGCCAGCCGUUCUAAACGUUUUCCCCCCUUUUCAUCUUUGUUGAAAUACUACAAAUAAAGAUAAAAAAAAAAAAAGACAAGCCCCCUUCAAUUUUUACUCUUUUCUUCUGCACCCCUCUGCUUCUGAUUCUUCCCUAACCUCUCUCUGGCAGAGACCUACUUUCUUCCUCAACAGGACAAUAUUGUUUGCUCAUGGUCUUGUUUUUUUGUUUUUUUUUAUAGAUUUCAUAAAUGUAUGGAAGGAAGCACAUUGGAGAAGGAGAGAGAAAAGCAGACUGACCCAUUUUAGAACUGAUUGAUUAAGUCUGCUCAACUGAUGAUCAGAUGAUGCAGACUUUUGCCAACCACUGUUAGACUUCUGCAGUCAAUACCUUUCGAUCCAUUGGUAACACGGUGCAAGUCCGGCUCUUAACUCAAGUGCUGAUUAGCCUUGACUGAAACUCUUGGCUCAUUUAGAAAGCUGUAGUCCGGCCCUGAGAAGACAGCCCACCCCCCCCUCUCCCCCUCCCUGUCCAACGGACGACUCAAUGCAUGUCUGUGUGUUUCUCAAUCUGUUGCCGUACUUUGAUUUGGUGUGUCUUACAGCAGAAAUGCCACUUGCUGUGUUGUACUCUCUAUCGACUAUCUGCCUUCAAGGAUGCUGCUAUCUCUGGUUGUUGUCGGACUAAGUGUGUGUGUGUGUGUCUGUGCGCUUGUGCGUUCAGGGAUCUGGCACAUGCAGCAGUCUUCGCUUUUCCCCUCUUUCUUUUUGCGCCACAGAUCGUUAACCCUGUCUUCACUUGUUUUAAACCUUAACCCAAGUAUGAUCACAUAACUGGUCACCCAGCCUACUAUAAUUUGUGGCUACACAGGAAAAGAAAAAAAAAUGGAACAUACAAAUAUUUAACAGAGCAGUCACACCUGUGUGUGUAUGUUACAUACGGUAAAAUUAAACACGUCAUUGGAAACAGAUUCAGGAAUGUAUUUCUAAAUUAAUUUGAAAAAGUUUUCAAAACUUCUGCUUCCGUUCCAAAUAAUUUGAACCACGUUUGGCAUUUGUUGUCAGUCUUAACAGAGCGCUGACAAUCGGUUUCAGAACAACUUCAGUCAGUCCUGUUUCUCAUUUAUUGCUGGCACUGCCAUUUUUGUUUAAAAUAAUAAAUACUACCACUACUAAAUACAAUUCUACUUUUGCCACACCUUCUAUUCAUGUGUAAAUUGCAUUGAAAGUAUACAAGGACGUGUUGUAGUUAAAGGUGAUUGGGCUGGCUUCUGUGAGUCUAGAAGUAGAAUGUGGGUAAGUGCCUGUGAUUUCUCCCAUCACGUUGUGGCUCAACCCGUGGGUACCACGGCCCAAGAUGCUUCCUGUAAAAAAGGAGAAUUAACUUCUAACUCCAAACGACUGCUUUGUUACACAGCCAUGUCUGAUUCGUUUAAGAAAAAACAUUUAGGGGCUGUUUUAAUUGUGUAUGUGGUACAUAUUGUAAAAAGGAAUUGGGUUAUUCAUGUACAUCGAAAGAUACAUUAAAGAGAAACGAGUGUGUACGUUCUGAAGUGAA